GUGAAGAGGCACACAAUUAGCGUAGUGUUCCUUUCUGUAUUGUGCUGAGGGGAUCUAAGAGAUUGGUGGGGUAACCAUCAAGCCAGGCAUCGCUGUGAAUGUUGAAGAAGGGAGUUGCUCAGACCUUGCAUCUUCACUUGCACUCUGGAAUUACAGCUUUAUUACGAAGCACUCUGUGUGGCUCAGUGGAUGUGCCUGAGGAAACGGCACGAACACCACUUGGGGUUAGCCUUUCUGAGCUUGUCACAUCUCUAAUUCUCAUCAUUACCAUGGAGCCCAACAGUCCCAAAAAGAUACAAUUUGCUGUGCCUUUAUUCCAGAGCCAGAUAGCACCUGAAGCGGCAGAACAGAUCAGGAAAAGAAGACCUACACCAGCAUCCCUUGUGAUUCUCAAUGAACACAACCCCCCAGGUAAAGAAGCAUGA